UCAAUGUCUAGAGUCUAUCCUGAUCAAACACCUUGUCCUUCUCCUCCUCCUUCUUACUUAACCUCAAAUCAUGAAUCUUUCACAAUAUGGAUGAAAUCCUUAGUUUUCAACAUGCAUGGAUGCACCGUAUAUAAUUCAAAAGGCAAUAUCGUUUAUCGGGUUGAUAACUACAACAAUAAGUGUGGUCAAGAAGUUUAUCUUAUGGAUGUUCAAGGAAAAAUUCUAUUUUCCUUGCUACAAAAGAAAUUACGGUUAUUUAGGUGUUGGGAUGGAUAUAAAUGGGAUGCGUCUUGUUCACGAAAACAACUAUGGUUUCGUGUAAGAAAACAUCGAAGCAUUUGCUUGAGUUUGUGUGAUGAUAUAGCAAGUUCAGGUUGUACAUACAAGAUUCUUAGAAUGGAUGGCAAAUUAGGGUUCAAGAUUGUAUAUGCAGAUCAAGAAAGUACACUUGUCGCAGAGUUUAAACAAAAGCAAACAACCACAGGGAUUAUCUUUGGAAAUGAUGUAUUUACGUUAGAGGUAGUACAACCCCAUGUUAACCUAUCUUUGAUCAUGGCAUUCAUCAUGGUCUAUGGGUUGAUAAAUAAUCAAAUUUGCAGUAGAUAAAAAGGUUAAAUGGGGCUCAAAGCGAGUAACAAAUUGCGGUCCUUUUCUCAAGUGUUUUGGGGCUCAAAGCGAGUAAUAAAAUUGGGUCCUUUUCGACCAAAAAAAACUGGUUUUGAUCCUAUGAUUUGUAUAUUUUUAUAUUAUUUGUGUAUAUGGAUAAUUAUAGACUACACGCCCCACCG